AUGCCCACGGGAGCCAGUAAGGGUUUGUUAUUCAUGCUACCCGCAUGGAUUGGUCGCGGAGGCACCACGAUCGUUCAACGUUGCCGGCGGCUAGGGAUCUCGUGCGUGGAGUGGAACUCCCAACAUCCCGUUGACGGUGCAUCCAUUGUCUUGGUCACCCCCAAGUCCGCCGUGACCAAGACAUUCCAGAUAUUCAUCAACCGCAAGCAGUGGACCAAGGAGCUCGAUCAGAUUGUGAUCGAUGAGUGCCACAUGGUAUUGCAGAAGGGAUACCAGUUCCGAAAGGAGAGGGCGCAGUUGGGGAAGUUGGUCCAGGCGCAGACGCAGAUGGUGUUAUUGACGGCAACAUUGCCCCGUGAGAGCGAAGCCACAUUGUGUGAGCGGAUGUAUUUUGAGCCCAGCACCACCCAAUGGUUCCGUAGCCGGACUAGCCGCACCAACGUGAUUUACGUGGUCCAGGUCGUAGGGAAGAAGGGGAUGAAGCGGGAGAUGAUUGAGCGGUUAAUGAUGGAGUGGAUUGAAGAACGAGUGGAGAAGUUCCGACGACGAGAGGACCCAUGUAAGAUGGUCAUCUACAGUCACUCGCGAGGGUCGACGGUCGAGAUCGCCCGCCAGCUGCAGUGUCCAGCAUACCACAGUAAAACCGUGGAUCGCCGCGGGGUGUUGGCAUCAUUCCGCCAGCAGAAGCAAGGGGUGAUGGUGGCCACCAGCGCAUUGGGAAUGGGGAUCGACAUCCCCGAUAUCCGGAUGGUCGUCCACGUUGGACCGACCCGGACGCUGUUAGAUUAUGGACAAGAGAGUGGGCGCGCUGGACGAGAUGGACGGCCCAGUCUGGCGGUCAUGUUGAUCGAUGGCAGUGGACAGGGUGUGGGAUAUCCCGAAGUCGUGGAUGAGCGAGUGCGUCAGUACAUCGACGGUAGAUGUCAGCGAUGGACAUUGGAUCGAUACUUGGACGGGACGGUGGAUGGGUAUGAACGGGAGCAGUGUGAGGAAGGGAGGCCCCAUGCGAUCGGUGUCGCGGCGCCACACCGUGAUCCCGAGGGGAUAGAGGAGGCAGAUGACGAUCACGAGGAUAAUGAGAGGCAGCACCGGCCACCACGAGGACACAAGCGCGUAAGAUCCCAUCCCGUCACAGAGUCAGCGGCCAAACGACACGCCGGCUCCACGUUUCCGUCCAUUUCAUAUUACCAGGCUCCCGUUCAACGGCAGAUGCAGCAAGCGGAAGACAAUGGACGGGAGAUUGAGUCGAUUCGGGACCAGUUUGACCGGUGGGCGGGACAAUGCCGGAUCUAUACCCUAUCGUCAAUUGGAUCCUGGGUAGGAUCCAUUUCCAAAGUGGCCAUAUCCACAUUUUUAGAUGUGAUGGAGCUGUUCCGGUACAUUCCAGACUACCAGAUCUGGAUCUGCCAGUCCUGUCGAUAUGCCAUGUCCCCAUCCCAUCUCCUAGCACAUCUGACAAGAAAACAUGGCCAUGAUUAUCGAGUAAAAACCCAGAUUCAGCAGCAGCAAAUCUUAGAGGACAUGUUAAAACAACCUUGGAUUGAUCCUCAAAAAGAGAGCCUACGAUUCCCAUCCACUACAAGCACUCCUAUUCCCUGCCUUCCUGUCAUUCCUGGGUAUCGAUGUCCCAGUGUAACAUGUUCCUACGUGACUGGAGCUGCAGCAACCAUGCGACGACACAUCCGUCAGCAGCAUCCAGAGAUCCCGAAGAAUCCCAAGGGUCAUCCGCGUGCCUCUACCCACUACGUCCAUAUAUACCCCAGAGUGUACUGUCAACGGUUCUUUAUCGCUGGCGCAGGAAGCCAAUACUUUGCUGUCACCCCUUUAUCCUCUAAGACCCACGAGCAGCCUCCCGCACCAGGAUCUGGGGCGAACUGGAUCGAAGCCGAGGUCAAUACCGUGUUAGCCAGAAGUGAGGUGAUCAUCGACACUGCGAGUAAUACGAUCCAGAGCCAUGGUACAUCAACUGAGGCCUCUCCCUGGCUUGAGAUGACCCGCUGGGGGGACUAUCUCCGUGGAUACUCCUUUCAGCAGGUAGCACCGCUAGGAGCACGGCCUGAUCCCUUGCAGGAACCACUCCAGGCAGAAUUUGCUAGUAGUGUCAGUCGGAUUAUCCAGCAAGCAUAUCAAUCAAUUCAAGAGGAUAAGAUCAAUGUUUUUGAUCAAGUCCAGAUUAAUAGUUUCCUACAGCACCGACGGGCCUGGGAUCGGCCAUUAUUUAUUAGAUUAAAGAAGGCAACCUAUCGGAAUUAUGAACAUCUCUGGCAACGGCUCCUCUCCUUCGUCUACCGUUCCACCCAGCCCGAGCAGCCUGUCCAGCUGCGUCAUCGGCUGACCCCACGGCAACUCCAGCAUCUUGAUGAGAUGGUGGACUAUGGGAUUGAGGUAUUAGCCUAUCAAGGCCAAAUCACACGGCCGCUUCCCACCGUGAUCCGAGGGUCGACCCUGGCUGAAGCCCAAGCGCUGCUGGACCAGGCCUGUCUCCGUCUCUCGAUUGCCCUGCUCAAUCACACGUUAAAAGGAGAUCUCUAUGAAAGCGCAGUAGUUAGCUUUCUUGCUGUGCUAGGCGUUGAUGCAGAGAAACGGACCUUUCGGGAUGCAUAUUCAUAUACCCCAUCACUAUCUGGUCUGGUUAAGAUGGCCCAGAUGCUUGUGGUUCAGGAGGCUAUUAUCCAGGCUGACGAAGACCAGGUGGAGCAUCCUGCAGAUGCUCUUGAUGAAAUGCGAGAGCGAUUCUUAAUCCAUGGAACGCGAAGCCCCUUUGCCUGGAUCACACGACUCCGCACGUAUGGAAAAAAGAUCCAGAAUACCACCACCAGUCUUGGUUAUAUCUAUUGGUCUGAGGAUCAAGAACGGCUCACCUACAAGGGACUAGAUAUGACCAUGGAAUCCUUCCGGCAUUUUAUCCAGACUGAGAUUCGACAGGCACAGCAGAGUCUAGAGACACUGUUUCUUCUCCACGAUGAGGAGACUCGAGAGGAUGUCGUCCCUAUCAUUCCUCUCUCUCGAUUAAAGGACGAUCCGACGGAGAGCCGUUGUGGCUGGAACUUUCUCCAAGAUGUACAAAAUACAGAGGCUCUUCCAAAUGGGCAGCGAUGGCUCUUAAACCGCGUGCUAAAAACCGAGUGGCUUCAGGAGGAAUUUCUUGAUAUCCAGCAACCUGGCCAUCAGGUCCAGUGGAAGAUUCCUGCAGUACAAGCAUAUCUUCGAGACCGCGAUCAGUUCUUAGAACUGCUCCUGCUGCUGUGUCAUAUUACUGGGGGCCAGCCCGCGCGAGGGACAGAGAUAUUGAGUCUGCGUCACCACAAUACGGUCCAUGGGCGACAUCGCAGUAUCUUUAUUGAGCAGGGAUUGGUCAGCACAGUAACCAGUUAUCACAAGGGCUAUCAUGUCACUGGAUCGACCAAGAUUAUCCAUCGAUAUCUGCCACAGCCAGUGAGUGAGAUGAUGAUCUACUACCUCUGGCUGAUUCUUCCCUUCUGUGAAAAGCUGGAGAUCCUUGCCUUUGGGAAGACAGAGGCGCCCUCCCCCUUUCUCUGGCCCAAGGCUCAUCAAGGGGAAGAUAGCAGCUACCUCAGCAAGAUUCUGGAACGAGAGGCGCGGCAGCAUCUCCAAACCAAAUGGAACAUCACCUACUAUCGGCACGCAGCGAUUGCGAUCUCUCGCGCCCAUCUCCCCAGCGGUGGUUUUAAGCGGGAUUACGGGGUCAAUGAGAAGGUAACAGAUCAGCAAGGAAGCCAUACAUCAUGGACAGUAGGCACAAUCUACGCGCGAGGUUUAAAGGAAGCACCAGGGCAUGUUGAAGAGCGCCGGAUGCAAUAUCAAGCUAUUAGCCGGGAAUGGCAUUCAUUUCUUGGCUUUAAGGUCCAGCUUGGGCCGCGAAAGCGACUGUUGGUGGAGAGGAUGAAUCUAGAAUCAUCCACCCAGAAGAGACGAUGUGUAUGA